AUGUUCGCCUCCGAACUUGCCAGAUUGUUUCAUGCGUAUGCAAGUGCAUCUGCUCUUGAGUGUGUCUCAUUGACUGCUGCUAUGGUGAUGCCCCAUCUUCUGCUACAGAAGCCACACAAGCGGUCCAGAGGUCCUGAUCAUGUCUCUUGUCUGACCCGUCGCUUAGAAGCCUGGAAGGCGGGUGAUAUCAAGGCUCUGUUGUAUGAAGCCAAGACGAUCCAACAACAUCUAACUUAUAGUAGGUCUUCUAACAAGGCAACCAAAAUCGACGAUCUUCCUCACGUUUUCGCUGGUCAUUUGAAGAAAGGAAAUGUGAAUGCUGCUAUGCGUUUACUGUCUGAUGAAGGUGCUAAUGGUCUUUUACACCUGGAUGACUACCUGACAAAUUCAAGUCAAAAAACCGUGAGAGAUGUACUCAAAGAAAAACAUCCAAAUGCUUCUUCCCUCGAUCCUGACUAUGUUGUGAAUUCUAAAGAGAACGCUUCUCCAGUCCAUCCUGUUUUGUUUGAUUCUCUUGAUGGACAACUGAUCAGGAAUACAGCAAUGCGAUGUUCUGGUGCAGCUGGUCCUUCUGGCCUUGACUCGACUCAAUGGAAACGCCUGUGUACGGGAUUUCACACUUCCUCCAAAGAUCUCUGUAAUGCUCUAGCUGCUGUUGCUCGUCGAAUUUCAACAGAGAUAGUAGAUCCUGACGGUAUCUCAGCUCUAGUGGCUUGUCGUCUUGUACCUCUGAACAAAAAUCCUGGGGUGAGACCAAUUGGUGUGUGUGAGACAGUUAGAAGAAUUAUUGGAAAGGCGGUUCUUUCUGUGGUCAAGUCUGACGUGCUCUCGGCAACCGGAACCUUGCAGCUUUGUGCAGGACAGAUUGCUGGGUGUGAGGCUGCAAUACAUGCCAUGCAGUCAUUGUUUGAAGAUGACAAUACGGAAGCCAUACUACUUGUAGAUGCAACAAAUGCCUUUAAUAGCUUGAACCGUCAAUUGGCUCUAAAGAACAUCUCAAGCACUUGUCCAGCAAUUCAUACCGUAUUGCUCAACACAUAUCAACAGCCUUCACCCCUAUUCGUUGGUGGGGAAGUCUUGUUGUCGCGUGAGGGAACCACACAGGGAGAUCCUCUCGCGAUGGCAAUGUACGCCUUGGCCACAGUACCUCUGCUGAAAAAAGUACAAACAGAAGGCAGCACCCAAGUCUGGUAUGCCGAUGAUGCUGCAGCUGGAGGAAAGAUACAAGCAGUCAAACAAUGGUGGGAGAAACUCUCCAUACAUGGAGAAAAAUUUGGAUACUUUCCAAAUGCCAAGAAAUCCUGGUUGAUCGUCAAACCGAAUUGCCUUGAAGAAGCCAAACGUGUGUUCUCAAAAACGGCUGUGAACAUCACCUCUGAAGGUCGAAAGUAUUUAGGAGCUGCACUGGGAACUGAAAACUUCUGUAACGGCUAUCUCAGUGAUGCAAUCUUAGACUGGACACGUCAGAUUGACAAAUUGGCUUCCAUUGCCCAAAGUCAGCCACAAGCAGCUCAUUCCGCAUUAAGUCACGGUCUUCUGGGCAGGUGGAUUUUUACUGCGAGAACAAAUCAGAAUUUCAAAACUUUUGCUGGGCUUUUAGAAUCAUCAAUACAAUCUCAACUGAUUCCUGCUAUAACUGGUCGUUCGGCCCCUGGAGAACUGGAAAGAAAACUCUUCUCCUUACCAGCCAGACUUGGUGGUCUGGGAAUCACAGAUCCAACUUCAUUGUCUUCUGAAUACUUAAACUCUCGAAAGAUGACUGCACCGCUUGUUGACUUCAUUUUGAAUCAGGAGAUCACUCUAGGAGAUGCCCCAGAUCAACAGGAUUCUCUCAAAAAGCAAAUUCGCAAGCACAAAGGGCUAGAAAUCAAAACUCUUGCUGAUAAUGUUCGAGAUAACCUCUCACACCAACAUAAAAGAAUGUUCGAGUUAGCAAAUGAAAAGGGGGCAUCAAACUGGCUCACAGUGCUGCCAUUGGAGGAUCACGGCUUCUCAUUACAUAAGUCUGCAUUCAGAGAUGCUCUAUGCCUCAGAUAUGGAUGGGUUCCCCCUCAUAUGAGUGAAUCUUGCCCUUGCGGUGGAAAAAUGUCAGUGGAGCAUGCUAUGUCCUGCCCCACGGGAGGCUUUCCAACUAUACGCCAUAAUGAAAUCCGAGAUAUGUUUUCUCAUCUGUUGUCUGAUGUCUGUCAUGAUGUGGAAACGGAGCCCACGUUGCAAUCACUAAGUGGAGAGACGUUCUCUUUACGUUCAAGCAGUCGAGAUGAUGAUGCAAGAUUAGACAUUUCGGCAAGAGGUUUUUGGGGAGGAAGAUUUGAGAAGACAUAUUUUGAUGUCCGGGUGUUUAACCCCAAUGCCACCUCGUACACAUGUUUUGAAGUUGCAUCAUGCUAUAGAAGACAGGAACAAGAGAAGAAAAGGAAAUAUGAAGAAAGACUGAGAAAAGUAGAAAAUGCUUCCUUUACACCUAUUAUCCUUUCUUGCACUGGUGGCAUGAGCAAGCUUACAACGUCAUUUACCAAAAAGCUGGCCUCAAUGAUAUCUGAGAAAAAGGACACUCCAUACGGUAGCGUGAUCAACUGGCUAAGAUGUCGACUCGGGUUCGCACUCCUAAGAGCUUCCAUAAUGUGCAUCAGGGGCAGCAGGUGCAAACGCUACGUCAGGCCGGAAAACAAUAUUCUCCUGGCUACGUCUGAGGGGCACCUGGCCUCCUCAGCUUAGUGACUUUACUGUACAUGACAUAGUAGUAGUAAAAGUUGUACUAUUGUAUAUGACAGUAAUUGUUUAGUAGUAGUAAUAGUUUAUUGCCAUUCGCUGUAGGUUGCCGUUUGUGUAUACGUAGUCUGCUAUUGUUUCAAAUACACCAUAUCUUCUCAGUAG